AUGAAGCUCUUGGUAAUAGUCGCUACGGUCGUGGUCUCGUCAUCAGCGGCUCCCCAAGGCUAUCACCUGGAUACGCCUUCAGGACCAACCUUUGGAUUAAGAGGUUCAGGCUCAGGUUUUGGAACAGGUGGUUCAGGCUCAGGUUUUGGUACAGGGGGUUCAGGCUUGGGUCUUGGAACAGGAGGUUUCGGCUCAGGUUUUGGAACAGGAGCUUUAGGCUCAGGUUUUGGAAGAGGAGUUUUAGGAUUAGGGUUUGGAAGAGAAGGGAUAGCCUCAGGUUUUAGCUCAGGAGGAUGCGGGCCCGGAAGGGUGCUGCAUGUUGACGGCAGAUGCGUCAUGCCACGCGUCAACCGCAAAGUCUACUUGUAUGACGCGCCACCCAUACCCAUGUCCCAUGGUCCCCCACCCUACAUUCCAGAGCCAACCGUUGAGACAAACAUCUUGUUCAUCCGAGCACCAGAACAAGGACAAGGACCAGAUCCUAUUGUUAUACCUCCUCCUAGUCAAGAACACGUUGUGUACGUCCUUAACAAAAAGUCGCCACAGCAACAGGAAGUGAUCGAACUCCCAGCUCCGCCAGCGAGCGAACCUGAAGUUUACUUCGUGAACUACGGUGACAGCGAGAACCCGGUUCUUCCAAGCGGCGUUGAUCUCCAGACUGCCCUGAACGCUGCUUCCCAAGGUGGUGGUCAAGUGGUAGGAGGCGGUGCCGGAGGCGUUGUAGGAGGUUUCGGAGGCAGUGGAGGAAUCGAGAAUAAAGAGUUCGAUGUUAUAAUCACGGUGAAGGUCAUCAUAAAGGUCAGGGACGUAAGAAAAUUAAUGUCAUUAAAAAGGCCAGUGUUGCAACGUAGUCACGGACUGGGGAAAUCAGAAUCGGUCAAUAGGGCCUUGCUACUGAGCACAAGUGGAGCCAUCUGUAUGUAA